AUGUCUCUGCUCUACGCCAAGAACCUUCCCCAGGGGUCUUCAAACUACGUGAAGGCCGUAGCCAUUGUCGGCGCCGGGGGACAAAUCGGCAAGCUCAUCGCGGAAGCUUUAGUGAAAACCGGCAAGCAUGAUGUUACGGCUAUCACGCGUCAAGGCAGCACCAACGAGAUUCCACAAGGUGUCACAGCUGCAGUGGUGGACUACAACGACGAGACCUCCCUCGUUUCAGCGCUGAAGGGCAAAGAAUUUCUGAUCAUCACUCUGUCUCUGAGCGCUCCCACAGAUACGCACAGCAAAUUGGUCCGGGCAGCUGCAGAGGCAGGGGUGACUUAUGUUAUCGCAAAUGCUUAUGGUGUGGAUGUUUAUGGCAAAGAAGGUCUUCGCAAGGAUCUUCCAGUUGGAGAGAAAAUCGUUAGCAAUAUUCGUCACGCAGAAGAGACUGGGCUGACCUGGUUCGCGUUUUUCACCGGGCCUUGGUACGAAUACAGUCUCACGGUUGGUCCUGAGCUCCUUGGAUUUGACCUGAAGACGCGCACGGCAACAUUUUACGAUGACGGUACAACGGCCGUCAAUUUCUCUACACUACCGCAGAUCGCUCGGGCGGUAGCAGCGCUCCUCAGUCUCAAGAAGUUUCCUGCUGAUGAAGAUGAUGUCUCUGUGACUCUCUCGCAGUUUGCGAAUGGCCCAGUAUAUGUAUCUAGCUUUCACCUCAGCCAGAGAGAUGUAUUGGAAAGUUUGAAAAGAGUGACCAAAACUCGAGAUUCGGAGUGGCGCAUCACAUAUGAGUCCACUGAGGAAAGGUACAAGGAGGGCAUGAGACUUAUUGCGGAAGGAAAACUGGAAGGCUUCGGCAAAUCCCUAUUCGCCCGGGCGUUUUAUCCCAAUGGUGACGGUACCUAUGAGGAUGUCAAUAAGCUUCUUGGUUUGCCUGAAGAGGACUUGGAUGGGGCUACGUUGGCGGCUAUCGAUUCAUCCAUUCGUACUUAAAAAAAC